CUGAAGAGCCGCAUGAUGCUGACCCCUGAUCUAGCACAACCUUAGUGUAGCCUCAAUUGAACUAAAGCAGUAAACAUAUAUUAUUACUUUGUUACUACAGUCUUUGCUCUUUCUUAGACUAGUAAAAUGAUGAAGUUAAACUGUGUUAAUCUCGACAGCUUCAUGGAGGAGUUUACUCAACUAGAACUGAAAAUCACAGAGGUUAAUGGCAAAAACAACAUGAUGGAGAUCAUGCUGGAGGAUGCCAAUAGACUCAUGAAGUUCCAUCUGACCAAGGAGAGAAGUGUGAUUGAGGAGAGAGAUAGUCUUCUUGUCACAGUGAACAGACUGCAGCAGACUCUGCAGGAGCAGUGCAACCUCAGGGUGGAGAAUGAGAGACUGAAGAACUAUAUGGCGGACGUGAAACAACAGAAUGAGAGAACCGCAGAGGAUGGAGAAGCUGAGCUCCAGCAGCUUGUCGGUGAUAUGAGAGCAGAAGCAGAGAGACACAAGAGGGAGCUAGAGGCUGCAAGACAGCAGUGCAGGAGAGAGGUGGAGGAUGCCCACAGCCAGCGUUUCCAUCAGUUGGAAGCUAAAGAUGCUGAGGUGAAGAGUCUGCUGGAGAAAAAGGAUCUGGAUCUGGAGGAGUUGAAGAGGAGGCUGAAAGACCAGGAGAGGGAGAGGCAGAGCGAGCUCCUGAAGUUACAGAUGGAGUUUGGUGCCAAGUUAGCCAGAGUUCAGAGUGCAGCUCAGUGGAGCCAACAGCAGCAGCAGCAGCAGCAACACGGCUCCAACCUUCUUCCACAGAGUGUCUUCAAGAGGAAGCUGCAGUUUUUCCAGGAGGAGAAGAAUAAGGAGAUUGUGGCUCUGCGUCAGAGAAUCAAAGAGCUGGAAGAGAACCAGCGCGCCGGCGGCUUCCACGACAGCCGUCUGAAGAGGAGAAAGAUGUAGUUUGUCUAGAGGCUAGCAAGCUGUUGACCUGUCAGCUCUGCAGGUGCAUGAAUCUCCUGACUUUCUAGGAGGGCAGGAGUGACUUAAAGUGUUUUUGAAAUUUCCAGAUUUAUAAUUCAGUUGCAUUUCAAAGCAAAAUUCAGUUCCUCAGAGUUGUAUUUUACAGAUCACUUAUUUAUCUAUGAUGCUUCUUGUGCACUGUCAUGCUCGACUAGAUUUGCAGUUUCACCAACCCUGCUUGCAGCUGACUCUCAGUGUGCAGAGAGCACAUGUAAAUACAGGCUGUAUUCCUAUCUAAGGCUUUAAUCCAAUCAGACGCCUGCAUGGGAGGGCAGCUGGGGGGAGGCGCUGAAGCAGGAGAAACGCACUUCUGAGUGAAUCAGUUAGCUGGAAGGCCAAUCCCACUUAAUUAAACGUGUUUAUCUCCUUUGAUUCAAAGAAAAAAAUAAAUUAUUUAUCAAAUUUCUCCUAA